AUGGCUCCAGCUAUCGGUAUCGAUCUGGGCACGACAUACUCCUGCGUGGGUAUCUUUCGUGAUGACCGCAUUGAAAUUAUCGCCAACGACCAGGGUAACCGUACUACGCCCUCUUUCGUGGCUUUCACAGAUACCGAGCGCUUGAUCGGUGAUGCCGCAAAGAACCAAGUGGCCAUGAACCCCACAAACACUGUUUUCGAUGCAAAACGUCUUAUCGGCCGCAAAUUCAACGAUGCUGAAGUCCAGGCUGAUAUGAAGCACUUCCCCUUCAAGAUCAUCGACAAAGCCGGCAAACCCGUCAUCCAGGUCGAGUUCAAGGGCGAGGAGAAGCAAUUCACUCCCGAAGAAAUCUCGUCGAUGGUCUUGACCAAGAUGCGUGAAACUGCCGAAGCCUACCUUGGCGGCACUGUCAACAAUGCUGUCGUUACCGUCCCUGCUUACUUCAAUGACUCUCAGCGUCAGGCCACCAAGGAUGCUGGUCUGAUUGCCGGCCUUAACGUUCUUCGAAUCAUCAACGAGCCUACUGCCGCUGCUAUUGCGUACGGCUUGGACAAGAAAGCUGAGGGCGAACGCAAUGUCCUUAUCUUUGAUUUGGGUGGUGGUACUUUCGAUGUUUCUCUUUUGACCAUCGAGGAGGGUAUCUUUGAAGUCAAAUCUACUGCUGGUGACACUCACUUGGGUGGUGAAGAUUUCGACAACCGUCUUGUCAACCACUUUGUCAACGAAUUCAAGCGUAAGCACAAGAAGGAUCUGUCCUCCAAUGCUCGCGCCCUUCGCCGCCUCCGCACUGCUUGCGAACGUGCCAAGCGCACUCUCUCGUCUGCUGCCCAGACUUCUAUUGAAAUCGACUCUCUCUACGAGGGUGUUGACUUCUACACUUCCAUCACUCGUGCCCGUUUCGAGGAACUUUGCCAGGAUCUCUUCCGUUCCACCAUGGAGCCUGUUGAGCGUGUCCUCCGUGACGCUAAAAUCGAUAAAUCUUCCGUCCACGAAAUCGUCUUGGUCGGUGGUUCUACCCGUAUCCCCAAGAUCCAGAAGAUGGUCUCCGACUUCUUCAAUGGCAAGGAGCCCAACAAGUCUAUCAACCCUGACGAGGCCGUUGCCUACGGUGCUGCUGUCCAGGCUGCUAUCUUGUCUGGCGAUACUUCCUCCAAGUCUACCAACGAAAUCUUGCUUCUCGACGUUGCUCCUCUUUCCUUGGGCAUCGAGACUGCUGGUGGCGUCAUGACUCCUCUCAUCAAGCGCAACACUACUAUCCCAACCAAGAAGUCCGAGACUUUCUCUACUUUCUCCGACAACCAGCCUGGUGUCUUGAUCCAGGUCUACGAAGGUGAACGUGCUCGCACCAAGGACAACAACUUGCUCGGUAAAUUCGAACUUACUGGCAUUCCUCCUGCUCCCCGUGGUGUUCCUCAGAUCGAAGUCACUUUCGAUGUUGACGCCAAUGGUAUCAUGAACGUCUCUGCUCUUGAGAAGGGCACUGGCAAGACCAACAAGAUUGUUAUCACCAACGACAAGGGUCGUCUUUCCAAGGAAGAGAUUGAACGCAUGUUGGCUGAAGCUGAAAAAUACAAGGCUGAAGAUGAGGCCGAAGCUUCUCGCAUUGGCGCCAAGAACGGUCUCGAAUCUUAUGCCUACUCUCUCCGCAACACCAUGAGCGACUCCAAGGUCGAUGAGAAACUUGAUGCUGCCGACAAAGAAACCUUGAAGACUGAGGUCGACAAGGUCGUUGCCUGGCUCGAUGACAACCAGACUGCUACUAAGGAAGAAUACGAAGAGAAGCAGAAGGAACUCGAGGGUGUUGCCAACCCCAUCAUGAUGAAAUUCUACGGAGCUGGCGGUGAAGGCGGUGCUCCCGGUGCCGGCUUCCCACCUGGUGCUGGUGGCCCUGGAGGCUUCCCUGGCGGUGCUGCUCCUCGUGGCCACGGCGGUGAUGACGGCCCAACCGUUGAGGAAGUCGACUAA